UGCAGCUAAUUGCAAAAUGAACUUCUCGUGGUUUGGCAUCUUUGUCUUCGCAAUGAUUGCUGCCCUUGUUUCGGCUAGCACAUGCCCCUCCCCCUUCAAGAGCGAGAAGGGCCUUUGCACCGCUCAGCGCACAAUUCGCGGCGAAUGCCCCAGCGGCUCCACCUAUAAGAUUAACGUGAACGCUUGUGUCUUUGGUGGAUAAGAGUCGAGCAGAGUUGAAUAAAAUGUAACUGAAAUAUA